AUGUUGCUGCUACCUGCUGUGGCUGUGCUGUUGCCAGUGUGGUUUUCUGCUUUUUGUCCUGGUGGUGGGUUUGGCUCAGCUCUUCAACAUCCAGUUUCAGAGUGGGAUGAUGUAAAAGAAGUGGUAGAAAAAGAAGAAACAGAGCUCAUACCAAUGGUUGUAUCUGAAGCGACAGCCCGGGAUGGUGGACAUGGAGGCCAGAGACUUCCUGUGUAUGUGCGUGUGAAGGCCUCCCAGGACCCAAAGCUGCUGUUCUCACCAGCACUGGGGUCCAGACCCCUUCCUCCAGCUGCUAAGGAGGUUUUAUUCAGGAGUGUUUCUUCUGUGUCAGCGGGGCAGCCUUCUAUGCCCAAGCUUGUUGAAAUGAUGUGCCACUUUGAUAAAAUGUACGUGAGGAUCAGGACUGACGUCUUCAGCACCAGGCAGGCCUACAAGUAUCUGAAACUGGGCUGGUGUCCUGUGAACCGAGGCAACAGCCAGUAUUACUACUUCCAGUACAGUCUGGAUGCCAACUGUGGAUUCAAGAAGCAGAGUCACCCCGAUUAUUUCACAGUCAGCAGUGUGCUCCGCUAUGAUCCCUGGGUGUCUGGUCCCGUUGUCAGAGAGCUGCCGUUCACGAUUCCCCUGCAGUGUAACUUCCACAGGUUGUUUCAUUCCUAUAAAGUCGGCUUUCAUCCCAAACUGCAAGGAGGCACCGUUUACAAAAGCCUGACACCUAAAACCACUUUUGUCCUCGUCCCUCAAGAUGCGUCAGGGACAGAGGUCACUGGUCCUAAAGUCUACACUCUGGGAGAGGCCAUGUGUUUUGUGGCCAAGCUGUCAGACGCAGCGUCCCACAAUUCUGGACACCAACGGCUGUACAUCAACACAUGUUUCAUGACAGCAUCUCAAAGCCCCGAGUCCAGCCCUAAAUACACGGUCAUCGACAACGAGGGGUGUAUGACUGACGGUAAGGUGACGGAAAAAUCAAAGUUCCUCCGCAGCGCCUCCAUGUUGGUACAGGAGUUCUGUGUGGCUGCCUUCAUGUUUAGUUCCAUAGUUUCCAGCACCACAUCCUCACAGCAAAUGUACAUGCACUGUGAGAUGACUCUGAAGGAAGUGACUCCGUCAGCAAGUGCAAAGGCCUGCAACUACGACCCUGUGAAAAAGUGGCAGGAAGUGCACGGUGAUGACUCGGUGUGCACCUGCUGUGACUCGUCAUGUCCCUCAGCACAGCAGAGAGCUUCCAGGGAAACUGUCUCCAGUCCUUCUUGGAAAGUUGCCUUCAAGGACAAACGUGUGACGUCGGACCCUCUGAAACCUGCUCUCGGCUCAAAGGAUCCUGACGUCGCCAAAGUCUUGCGCAGUUAG